AUGGAGUCCAAAGUGGUUGUCCCCGGUCAGUAUAUAGUACCUGCUUAUAGAUUAGAGGAUAAUAUACAGGUCAAGUAUGUUUCCGGAAGAGGUACAAUAGUAAAUCAAAUACAAGAUCGUGAAUCUUCAAAGUUCAUACCGAUUAUAUGUGCCACGAUAGUUGGCAGGACUUAUAUCAAGCAAUUACCCAAGAGAGAAGUAGCUACAGAUAACGCGGAAGUGGAUAGUGCACAAAAGCAACAAGAUGUAGUAGAAGAAAAAGAAAAAGAAGAAGAAGAAGAAGAAGGAGGAGGAGGAGAGAACAACGAUACACCGACAUUUAUUGUCUAUGUUGUCCCCAAAGAUCAACCAGUCCCCAAUGAGCCACAACAGUUUGAACCAGACCAAGGAUCCAAUUGUAUUUCUAUCAACCUUCCCAAGGAGAACGAUAUUGUGCUAGUAAGAAUAACAAGAAUAUCUCAAAAACAAGCAUGGUGUGAACUCAUUGCAGUUGAAAAUAAAUAUAAACAGGUCAAUAUACUAAGUGAUUCAGGAAUUGGAUCCAAUGGCGCCACAGCACAUGCUUCGAUUCCACCAGGCGGAGGAUCUCAACAUAUGUUUAAUCCACAAACUAUAGCCACUUCAGCACAGGUACAAGCUCAGAUUUAUGACUUGGGUGAGAAUUUCAAAGGUAUAAUCCGAAGUCAAGAUAUAAGAUCAACUGAACGAGAUCGAGUAGUUGUUGGAGAAUAUUUCAAACCUGGUGACAUGGUAAGGGCAAUGAUUAUCAGUUUAGGUGAUGGACUGAACUAUUAUUUGACAACAGCGAGAAAUGACUUGGGUGUCGUUUUUGCAAAACUGGAGGGAGGCGCUGGAUCAUUGAUGUACCCCAUCGAUUGGCAGCAUAUGCUUGAUCCUGAUACUGGGUUGGUUGAAAAACGAAAGAAUGCAAACCCUUUUGUAUAG